AAUUUAUUUAUUCCAAGAGUAAGAGAAAUAUGGGUGGAAAUGGUUGCCUUAUCCAUUUCCAUCCCAUGAAAGAACACAAAAAGGCUUGAACAUUUGAACACCAAACUAUCUUCUUACAAAAAUGGUUGAGACAAUCGCCAGUUUUACCUUAUGCAAGCCAAUAUACUCUCGUUUUAACCCUCUAAGUAUAAACACAAUUAACAAUAACUCUGCUAAUUUACUGCUUAAACAAUGUUCAAUUUCCAAAUUUGGCAAUGGGUUAUCUCACCAGGUUGAAAAAAGAGAAAGAGGCCAUGUUGAAAAAGUAAAUGCUUUACCAGAUUGGCCUUUAAUGGCAGUUUUGGUUGAGCAUAUUGAAGGACAAAGAGACCUCAUUACCCACAAAUCAAUUUGGCACCUUAGUGAUGAUGCCAUCAAGAAAGUUUAUACUUUCUAUGUAAUGUUCACUUGUUGGGGAUGUUGUUUCUUUGGUGCUACUAAAGAUCCAUACUAUGAUUCCGAGGAAUACAGGGGAGAUGGAGGAGAUGGAACAGGGCAUUGGGUCUAUGAGAAGCAAGAAGAUAUAGAAGAAUCAGCGAGAGCAGCAUUAUGGCGCGAGGAGCUAAUAGAAGAAAUUGAGCAGAAAGUUGGUGGCUUGAGAGAGUUGGAGGAUGCUGGUCGUAAGGAGGAGCUUGUUAAAUGAUGUGAUUUAAUUAAUUAUUCUAUUGUGCAUAUACAAUGCUUCUAUAUCCCUGUUUGUUAUAUAAUAUUGUGAUGUUAAGAAGAAUAAUUUCAUUUAACUAAAAAUGUACUCCUAUCUUUCCCAUGUCUCA